ACAGAAGCAAGCAGUAAGACUCUUAAGACACAGCGGUACAACCAGAUAAAACCCUUUAACUCCAUCGUAAGACAUGCAGCUCGUGUGACAACCUCAAUUACAGAGGAACGGCAUUCACGUCGAUCAAUUAUUUCAAGGAAAACAACCUCGCCCAUCGAUUGGUUGAAAUCUCUGACGUCAAAGGACACAACCUUUGUUGUAUCAGUCGACAGCUGCUCCGUAUAUUAAAGGAUCAAGCCUGUUUGAAUAUUUGCUGCUGCUGCUACAUUUAGAGCACUCGAAAUCACGUGAUCCAAAAUCCCGGAUUUGCGUGGAUUAUAACCUCUCUGGUGUAAUAGAAGAUUAUCAUAUCGGUCCUUUUUUUUUCUCUCUUCUUCUUCUUUUCUCUAUUGAGAUCUUAAGGACGAAUUCAACUAUCACCGGACACUAAAAAUGCACGUGGAAAUUUCUGUGGCACUCAAUUUCGUCAUUUCUUAUCUGUACAACAAACUGCCCAGACGGAGGGUCGAUCUCUUCGGCGAGGAGCUCGAGGUCGGGCUAAAAGAAAAGUUUCAAGGUCACUGGUACCCCGAGAAGCCCUCCAAAGGCUCGGGUUAUCGGUGCGUCAAGGGCAACGGAGACGAGGUGGACCCCGUUCUGGUGGCGGCUGCCAUAAAGGCGGGUCUUGACAUCAUAGAAGUCAAGAAUUACCUCCCCGAGGAUCUGACCUUGUGGAUUGACCCCUCAGAGGUCAGCUACAAAAUUGGCGAGAAGGGCCCGGUCAAGGUGCUGUACUCUGACCGUAAGGACGAGGACGGCAACGACAACGCCGACAGGGAGGUGCAGGCUGCCAGCAGGACCUUCAACCCAGAGGCGCAGACCUUCACCCCAGAGGCGCACACGUUCACCCCCGACAUUCUCGCGUUCACCCCUGACGUGACCGCGUUUUGCUCCGACUCGUCCCAGUCCUUCCAGCCCAUCGACUCCCUCUCCUCCUCGCUUUCCAACCUCAGCCUCUCCCCAUCCUCCCCUGUCCCCCCUGGUACCUGGAGCACGGUCACCUCCCCGUCGUCCAAUCUCUUCAGCUCCGCGCUGCCAGGCCCAUCCAUGGCGCCCCCGUCCAUGGCGCCACCCACACUACUUGGACCGCGCCCCAGCCCGACCAGCCGCCAGCAGUUCACUGCCGCCAUGUUUGCACAGACCAAAUUCGGAUCAACCAAGCUCAAGACCCAGCUGAAGCGCCCCAACCGGCUGUCUCCUACCGAAUUCGGAAACUAUUUCCGGCAACAGCAGAGAAGCUACUCCGGUCCACAGCGUCCAAGAUCUCUGUCUCCACGUGAUCCGAGGGUGGAAUUCCUUUUGGAUCAGCAGCAGAGAAUGAUCUUGCAACAACAACAACAGCAACAGCAAAUGUCACCAUCCAUGCCGUACGGCCCACCAUUUCACCUACAGCAGCAUCCAAACAACCAGCAGCUAUCGCCAACUGGCCCCUACCCAGAGUUCCUUCGCCAGCAUUCGUCCGGUCUUUCCUCGACCCACUCCUCCCCACAUUUGUCGCCACACCUUUCCCCACACAUGUCCCCACAGGGCAAUGGCCCCGCUUUCCAGGAUCUGAUCCAGUCCAGCCCAAACCUCACCACACUCCCCUCCCCGCCCAUCAACCCCAUUUCUCGCCCCAACUCGCUGUCCAACCUCGGACGCCCUUCAGGCUUUCCAAACCUCAACAGUUCCAUGACAAAUGGACAUUCCUUGUCCCAUCCAGGGUCUCAGAUGGGAAUGUUCUCGCCCGACGCGCCCAAGUCUUUUGUCGACGGCCUCAACGUAGCUCCGGUCAACUACUCCAACAGCUUGCAGCAUCUCCUGAUGGCCAACUAAGAAUGCCCCCCUUUGCAACUGGGAGUGUAUAAGCCGACGCAAACAAUGACAUUGUGUGGCACCCCCUUCCAGUGGACGACAGUAGACAUUUCCCAAUUUUCGAUGCUCAUAAUAUUAGCUGGUGGUGAUGUGGAGAGUCCGUUCGACUCCAGUAAAAAAAAAAAAAAAAAAAAAAUUAAAGUGAUUACUGUUUGAAUAUCCUAUAAACCAAUUGUGGUUUUAUUUUUUUAAAAUUCAAGAGUUCUUUUAUAUCAUUGUGUAAUAAAUACAUGACCUUGACCUUGUCUGUACACCGCUUGGGUAAUGGAGUAAUAAAACUAUAACAGCCGUUGAGGUCAUAUGUAUAAGGUGUAUGAUAAACGACUUCCAUGUUUGUUACCUUUGACCUUUGUAAAUUUGAAUGCAGCACAGAUGUGACGCAUUCCCCGAACCCAGUGGUCGACUUGGGUGAACAGAGGUAUCAUUUUUUUUUAAAGCAUUUUAUCGAUUACAAUUUUGCAAGUUUAGAGCAGCUUCAGCCCGCAUUUCAAUUACAAGUCUUGUAAAUAUAUUGAAACCUGAAUUAGUUUCCCCCGUACCAAUUGAAUUAUUUCGCUACAUUUCAACAAGCAUCUUGUUUUGUUGCAUUGAAAUUAGCAUCCUGCUUUUGUUAUAUUUAAAUUAGCAUCCUUUUCUGUUCCAUUUCAAAAAGUAUCACCUUAAAGGUCCUCUCUUGGCAUCUGUAAAUAAAACAUGCUUAAUAUUCCUAAAUAAACUCUAUUUGCUAGUGGGCAACUUGUCAAAGUUCCAGGAAAUAAAUAAUACAUGUAAUUGGGUUCAAGGGUUUUCCAUUAAUUGGUAAAAUUGUUACUUUCUUUUGUUACCAAUUGUUCACCCAAGCCGUGGUUGCGCUGCAGUUGACUCCAGCAUCUUCAAAUGCUAAUCUCUACGAGGAGCGCAAAGUUCACAACAAACAUUACACAUUCAUGAAUAUGUUUCUGGUGGUGAUCUUGACUUACAUAAAAAUAAUAAUAAUAGCAGACUGCCCCCCUUCCCCCAUAAUCAGCUAGUGAAGCUUAACCCACCCUUCUAGAGCUUGAUUGAAAUACGCACAUGCAUAAAUUAAACAAGAAGUAACUAAACAUCAAAGCACUGCAUCAAUUUCUUGGCGUUGCAGCGUUCUUGUAACGUCUUUACAUAGCUCUUUUGAGGUGCUCUUGCAUUGUCCGUGCAGCGUUCUCUCGGGAUGCUCUUGCAAUAUCUUAUCAUUGCUCUCUUGCGAUGCUCUUGUCACGUCUUUACAGCGUUCUCUCGGGAUGCUCUUGGCAACCCGUUUAAAAACAAGAUCUCUGUUCUAUUUUCUCACUAGUAACUGUCUUUCCCUUUUUUUUAUGACAGUCUGUUAUGAGUCGCCAAAGCUGAUUAAACGUAAAACACGCACACGUCACAUUAACAUGGUCUUAGUGUUACGUGAAUAGCUUCCACUAUUUCCUCCACGUUAUGUGUCGGCUUUUUUAUGACUCUGUCAUUCUAGAACACCCUCUUGUUCUAAAUGUGCUGUCGACCAUGUGUUGUUGUUGUUAAACCAUGACUCUUGGCACCAUACUUUGUUUAGUGUUGGAUUGUCCUUGUUGGUGUUGUUGUUGGUGGUGUUGUUGGUGGUGUUGUUGGUCAAAUCAUUUCCUUUCUUUGAUUGGAUUAUGUGCUAUUGCAUUUCGAGAACUAGUAUCUGAAAUUGAUGGAUAUUUUGAUGAUAAUAUUGAACCCUUUAUGUUGAAGUCCAAGUGAAAUUAAUCCUGAUGUCUUUCUUCUCACGUCACCCAUUCGAUCGACACAUUUCAUUAGAAGGUGUUAUCAAGCGAUGGAUGCGUGCCAUUAAAACAUGUCAUAUGAUAGACUCAUGUCAUUGAAACAUAUCAUCAUAUGAUAGAUACAUGUCAUUAAAAUUUGUCAUUAUACCAUAGACGUAUGCCAUUAAAACAUGCAUUAUAUUUAUAGACAAGUGUCGUUUUAAAAAAAAAACGUAUCAUGUGAUCGACACGUGUCAUUGACACAUGUCAUCAUGCGAUUGGCACAUGUCAUUAAAACAUGUUAUUAUGAUGUCAAUUUUAUACCCAAAUCCGCCACCCUGUGAUCCACAAGUGAGCCAAAUGUAAUAUGAAUACCUACUGUUACUUGGAUCAGGGCUGGCUCAUCCUCGCUCAUCUCUCUUUGUAUUACUGAGCUGAUUGAAACUUGAUCAUAUUUUCUUAUUUUCUUACCAGUUUUUUAUGAUAGAAAAGCUAACUACGUGUUGUGCAUUAUUUAUUGAUCUAUUUUUUAGUCAUGGCUAUGGUAUAAAAGUAAUAAACGUGAGUGAGGUAUAUCUACAC